UGUAGUAAAAUCAGCUGAUUGACAAUUUGACAUGAUUCAAGUUUGUCAAUAAAAAAUAAACAUGAACCGAUUUGAGUAUGCUGAAUCAAAGUUAUUACAAAAUGAAAUUCAAUUGAGACGAGACAUUCCAAUAAGUAUUUACGAUGGAGAUACAAAGUCUAAUUUUUCUGGAGGUGAAUUGGUUUUGACAAGUCACAGAUUUAUAUGGGGAAGACCUGGUGAAAUAUCUCGUGAACAAAUAUGUCUGUCUUUAGCUUUACGACAUAUUGUUUUUUUCGAAGAAGAAAAUCAAGGUCCUUUUUCAUUUGCCAAAAGUAAAAAAAUUAUUUUACAUUUAGCUGAGUGUCCAAUUGAUAAAUUGCCUGGACCAGUGGACAAUAGUUCUAAUAUGUAUAUUAAAUUUUCAUUCAAAGAAGGAUUGGAUCCAAAUUUUUUAUUCAAUCUUUCAGAUGCAAUAAUGAAAAAAGCUUGGGAAAUAACACCAAUAUUACCAAUGAUGUCUGAUGUUAGUUUACAAAAUAAAUCAGAAAAAACUAAACUUCCUGUUAUUAAAACACGAACUGGAAUAAUUGGAAUUGAACGAAGUCUACAAGAACGACAAAGAGCUACUGAUGACAGCAUAUCUAUGGCCUUUCAAGAUUUAAAAAAACUCAUGGAAAUGGCUAAAGACAUGGUCUCCAUAUCAAAAACAAUAUCUGCAAAAAUAAAGGAACGACAAGGUGAUAUUACUGAAGAUGAAACAGUUAAAUUCAAAUCGUAUUUAAUGAGCCUUGGUAUUGAUGAUCCAGUCACCAGGGAGGCAUGCAAAAGUAGCAAUGAGUACUUUAGACAAUUAGCUAUGCAACUUUCACAAAUUCUUGAAGAACCAAUCAAGGAAGUUGGAGGAAUGAUGACACUAACUGAUGUUUAUUGUCGUGUUAAUCGAGCAAGAGGACUUGAACUAUUAUCACCAGAAGAUUUGUUAAAUGCCAGUCGACUUUUAGCACCACUUGGUUUGCCAAUUGUACUUAGAGUUUUUGACAGUGGUGUUAUGGUACUACAAGCAAAAUCUCAUGAUGAUAAUGCUGUUAUUGAAGGAAUAACUGAACUGUUGCAAGAACGAGGAUCUAUUACAGCUGAAGAAUUGGCACAAUCUGAAGGAAUAUCUGUUAUUUUGGCACGUGAAAGACUCAUAGUUACAGAAAAAAAUGGUCGUGCAUGUAGAGAUGAUGCGAUUGAAGCACUUAGAUUUUAUCCAAAUUUAUUUCUUGAUCAAAAAUGAUAAAAUUAUAAUUACCCCAAUUUAAUAUUAUAUUUUAAUAACACGGCUUGUGUUAAAUAAUUAUUU